UAUUUUCCGGUGAAAUAGUGCUACAUCACGCAAGCUUUGAAGGAUGCGCUGGGAAACUCUCAGUGAAAAUAAGUAGCUUGUUUUGCAUGUGUUGUAAAUGAGUUCUUAUUUGAUUUCCGAAUGCAGCCUGGCAGGAACACAACUAAACACCAAACUCCAGCAGAGAUGAAGAUGAAGAAGUCGUCCCUGCUCUCGUUCCUCCUGCUCUGCGGAACGGCCUUGGGUCAGAGAAGAGAAUACGUCUACAUGGGUACCAAAAUGACCUGGUCUGCCGCUCAGAGGUUCUGCAGGGAAAACUAUGUGGAUCUGGCAACCAUCACUUCGGACGAUGAGAACCUGAGGACGAUGCAGACGGCAAAUUCGUACACGUCCGAAUACAAAGUUUGGAUCGGGCUGAACAGAAGUGCGCCGUUAUCUGACGUCUGGCAGUGGUCUGACGGAGACACGUCCGGAUACUUCAAGUGGAGUGUCGGACAGCCGGACAACUGGAACAAUUGUGAGAACUGUGUGAGGACGGAGGUCGGAGGCUGGAACGACGCCAAUUGUGAAACUCCUUCCACUUUCUUUUGCUCCUGGAGGUUUGUUUUGGUGAAGGAAAACAAGACGUGGGGUGAAGCUCUGAACUACUGCAGAACUCAUUACACCGGCUUGGCCAUCCCCGUCUCUCCAAAACAGCUCACCCUGGCGGAAAGCGUGACAACACAAACCCAAACAGUCAACAUCUGGACCGGCCUUCGCUUCAUGGAUGGACAGUGGCUCAGUGUGAGCAAGAACCCGCUGGGGAGCCUGGUUUCUCUCAUGCCCUCAUGUCCGGCGCAACGUUACCGCUGUGGAGCUCGCAACACCAUCACACACCUCUGGGAGAACCGACGCUGCGAUGAGAAGCUCAACUUCCUCUGCUACUGACGAUAGAGAGCGAGCUUCCUUCAAGACCGAUCCACACAUGAAGCAUCAACCCAUAACCUGUGUGGCUUUUUUUGUUUCUUUUUUUUCUUAUUCCUGUUUCUUGAGCGAAUUCAUGUUGUUUUAUAAUUCGUUUCCUGUUGAAUAGUCGAGGCCUGUUUGUUUUGAAUGGCAUGCACAAACAAAUGCUGGAAACUGCAACUUUGACUAAGAUUUCAAUAGUACUCUGGAUCAUCCACUUCAUGUCCUUUCUACUGUACUCUUAUCUCAUUACAUAAAUAAAUAAAUAAAUAAAUAAAUAAAUAAAUAAAUAAAUAAAUAAAUAAAUAAAUAUAUAUUGUUUCCUUGAGGAAGAAACAAUGAAUUCACUCUCAAAUAUACGACAAUCACUAUAUUUACUUUCCUGCCUAGUCUCGGUAUGUUUUUCUUAAAAAAUGCUGCUUGUGCAAGUGUGUAUUUGUAGUAAUUUAGGACGAAACAUGUAUUUCCGCUGACAUAUUCACGAGCAAUAAACAUCCAAAAACGAACAAUUUGAUUAUGUGACAUUUCAAAGGGUAAAGCGAAAAUCAAAAAUUUUGCUUUUGAAAGCAAAAGAUGACGUGCUUUUAUUUUUCUCCUGUUGCUUUUUUGCAUUUGCUCUGUCAACAAGCUUGACCUGUCCAUCAAACGCUGUGGGCGAGGCCUCUGUACAGCAGCCUAUAAAGCAGCUCAUAGUCCAAACAUCAACCUCCUGCAAAUAGAAAUGGUAAAUUGUUAGACAUUUACUGACAGUGUAAUACAUAUAAAUGA